AUGUCGGUUCAAGAUCAGGUUUAUAAACCAAAAAUCGGAGUGUUUGGCACUAAUGGACAAUUAGGUACACCAAUUAUUAAGACAUUCACAUCAGAACAAUUCCAAAGUAGAUUCAAUCUACCUAUCGUUGCAAUCACCAGAGAUAAAUCCCAAUAUCAAGAUAAUAAUUUGGUUAUAUAUAAAGAAUCUGAUAUAAUCAAGGACCCUGGUUCAUUUACUAAAGCAUUAAAGGGAUUGGAUGUUUUGAUUAAUGUUGCUAGCACUAAUUUGCCCUUGAAUAAGAUAUUGGCAAGUAUCAUUGAAGUUGGAACAAUCAAAUUAUAUAUUCCAUCACAAUUUGGAUUAGAUAUUCAAAAAGUUCAAGAUUAUUUACCGAUUUUUAAAUUCAAAAUGGAUCACUCAAAUGAAUCAAGAUCGCUAGGAAUUAAAACAGUUAACAUGAUUACACCCUUAUUUGCAGUUCCAAAUGGGUAUCUCUAUGAAUGGAUUGACUUUCUAAGCUAUGAUGCUAAAAGAAAUGUCUCAACGUUAGUUGGAGAUCCCGAUUUAAAAUUCUCAAUUACAAAAUCAUUGGUUACAAUAGUCACUAAAAAACCUAAUGAAUUACCUGACUCAAUUAGAAUAUUUUCUGACUUGGUAUCGCAGGAAACAAUAUUGAAGAGAUAUGAAGAAACCCAUAAUCUUAAAAUCAAAAGAGAACACAUUUCAAAAGACAAAGCAUUGAAAAAAGCACAAGAACUUUUAAGUAAGGGUUUCAGCUGGGACGAUUUCUUCUUCUUUUUGCAAGUCAUCGCUUUGCAGGGACCAGACAGAGGAUUAGCCUUUUCAAAGGACGACAGAGAAUUGAUAAAUCCCAAGGAAACAGUCUUCCAUUGGGAGCAGCUUUUAACCUAUUUUAUUAAUAAAGAACAAAUAUAUAACUGGUAA